GGCGGUUCCAAAUGUGCGCACUGAAGUCCUCUAGGGAUGGCCUAUCACGCGUAUAGCCGCAAUGGCCAGCCUGGGCGUCGCAAGAGAAGCCUUGUACCUAAAUUCAACGGGUGGGGCUGCCUUCCGCUUGUAGUCGGCAUGGUUGCAGCAUUUUGCGUUUGUUUGACUCUACAAUGGCCGGGAAGCCCAACGCAGCUGCCAUAUAUUUUCCCAGAAGCUGGCAGAAAUACCCGAACUAUGGAGGUCGUGGACAAACACUUGGUUGAAUGGAAUAGACAGCCGGUCUGGGUCAAGUUCAAGUUGCUCGAAACACAACGAGACCGGAUUGUGGCGUCAUAUAUGACGUCAGUCUUGAUCCCCAUGCAUGCGGUAUUGGAAUGCUUACAGGGUUCGCAGAAUUCGUUCGCAGGCGUGGCGCGCGCAUGCAGCCAUGCUCUUGGCAAUGACAUUAAUGUCCAGCUAAUCGGAUCGCCAAUAAAAGGCACCUUUUCUUUGGAAGACUCGGAUUUUGAUAUUCAGGUGACGAGGGGGGGAGGCAGCAAGAUGGCAGACAAUCCCUUCACGGAGAUUGACAAGCGCAAGGUGGCACAAAACUUGGAGAAGCUGGAUUGUGUGACCGGGCCUGUCAGAAUCGGAAAUGUGGCCAUCAAGUUCCUUCUUCGGGAGGGCCCUUCUGUCGACCUCGUCCUUGCGAAUCCCCGACCGGAGGAAUUCCCCAACCUACGCGGAGGGAAGGACUUCUACGAGAAUUCGGCGCGCAUCAACCGGUUCUUGGCUGAAACGCCUGCGGCCAGAGCUGCGAUCAUUGCAAUCAAGGAAUACCUCCCUCAAAAGCGACCGAAAGGAAUAUUGCUCGAGGCUAUUAUGUGGCGAUUGUCAGACAUUUUUCAGGUGGCCAGUCAAAGUGCAAGUCCUGGGGAGGAAUGGUACGAUUGCUUUCUUGACGUCGUGGACUCUGUGAGGAAUUGGGAGACGUCACCUUUCUUUGCAAGCGAGCUGAAGCAGAAUUUGGGCAUGCUACCAGACAGGACGCGACAGAAGUACAUUGAUGGUUUAGAGCUGGUUUCAAAGCCCAAUUUGGGAUUUCUGCUCGUUUUAACAGGAAUCCUUGACGAGGCUGAGACAAGUUGGACUCCAAAGGAUGGACCUUUCUUUCUUCACGUUGACAAGUUGAUUUGUGAGGCCUUCCAUAAUUCGUGAGCUUUGCGUGGCUCAUGCACGAACUUGAAAGCCUCUUGUUUUGGAAAAGGACACCACAUAGGCAAAGGCCUAGAUGAAGAGAUACAUAAAGGAUGGAU